AUGACUUCCACAUUAGAUGGAAUUCCUAACCUGAUGGAAACAGACUCUGCUGCCAUUUUUGAUUUGGGCAAUACGUCCUCUUUAAAAUGUAAACCCUUUGACUCUUGGGAGACAGAUAGUAAUUUUGCAUGGUAUUGUCCAGUUUGCUCCUCAUCCAAGAGCAAACCGGAGGAGAACGUCACGAUACAAAUGCCAGUGAAAAACAUCCUUCUACCACCUCUACCUAAAAAGGAGGUUUCUAACUGUAAGUAUCCAGAAUAUGUCAAUUUUGCCGAGCGUUAUGCCAGUUUUUGGGAUUGGCCAAAAUAUCUGAUGGGACCCAACAAAAAAGACGUAACACAUUCUGGAUUCAUCUACACAAAGAUCGGAGACAGAGUCACUUGUUUCUCCCCAUGGAAUGACCCUGAAAAACUCGGAACCUCUGGACAACGCUUACAAAGAACAUUUUUCAAUAGUCCAAGAACUGUACCUACGCACGGGUGGUAA